AUGCCUAUCAAGCCACAUUCAGAUAUCAAAGUUACCUGCCGUCAAAUCCCCGAGUGGGAGCGAAUCCCAAACACCUCCCUCCAGUCCAAGCCUCUCAUGAUAUACCACCAGGCCUUCGACGCCUCGGCCGAUGAGCUUUGCGAGCAUCUGGAAAAGGUUGGAGAAGUCUCUCCUAGUUGGGUGUAUAGCAUGUACAGCCAAACACACUUUCACUCGACUAGCCACGAGGUCCUCGGUGUCGUUUCUGGUUCCGCACGACUUUGCUUUGGUGGAGAGGGAAACCCUGACCGAUUUGAACCUACAGUCGCAAAAGGCGAUUUGAUCAUAGUCCCGGCGGGCGUGGGCCACCGGCUCCUGUCCGAGCCGGACAAAAGCGGAGGAUCGUUUAAGAUGGUUGGUGCUUAUCCAGUAAACAAAUCCUGGGAUAUGUGCUAUGGAGAACCAGGAGAGGAAGCCAAACGCCAGAAUAUUCCGACUUUAGGCUGGUUCCAGAGGGACCCGCUGUAUGGGCGCGAUGGGCCUGCAUUACAGGUUUGA